UUCUUUGCUCAGCGGCGUGCUAGGGCAUUGCCAUUGGUGCUCUAUGAUCUCGCCAAGCUCGCCUUGAGAUCUUUCGCCUUGGUCGCUCAGCACUGGAUUAGUUCUUCCGGGAAUGAGGCUGCUCCGGCGGAAGAUCAAGAAGACAGACGCCAAUGGCAGGAUCGAGCUGGAGCGAGUCAUUGGACUGACUGUGACGAAUGCGAGCGGUCUAGCGACCAAUGCAGCUACUGGCGAGGUCGCCUACAUUGCUGGAUGCGUGGUCGUGAUCUACAACCCCAAGACGAACACGCAGUCGCGGUUUUUGAUCGCCAACAGGACUCCAAAGGCAGUGUCAUGCGUCGCCUACUCUUACCACGGGGGAAAACUCGUCGCUGCUGGAGAGUCGGGGCACCAACCUGCUGUAAUUAUCUGGGAUUCUAUCAGUGGACAAUGCAUGAUCGAGCUCAAAACCCACAAGAUUGGGAUUUCUUGUGUCGAGUUUUCUCCCAAUGGGAGGCACAUUGUAUCUGUUGGAGUUCCACACGACGGAUUUCUCUGUCUCUGGGAAUGGAGAAGCGGGACACUGCUUUCUAAAACUCGAACGAGUACAGUCUCAUCUCCUGUAUCAUCGGUCCACUAUGCGUCCGACGGGAGCUUCUUCAUAACAGCUGGUAUCAAGCAUCUCCGGCAAUGGUCAGUAGUACAAGGCGGACGAGCUCGCCCGACGGCUGCAAACGGCUCCACACUCGAAGGCAAAGCUAUCAACCUGGGUAGCCAGAAGGAUGGUUCCUUCGUGUCGAUCUCAUCGUCGAAAGAUCCAGCGGCGCAGUCUGCUAAUAUACAUCCCAUAUACGUCCUGACAAAUGCAGGUAUCUUGUGUCUUCUACACUUGGGAAUAGCUGUCGAGAAGUGGGUCGAUCUCAAGGUUCGCCGUGGCUUUGACUUGGCUGUGUCGGAAACACAUGUAGCUUGCGCCUGUAGCGAUGGAAUCGUGAGAUUGUUCGCGCUUGGGACUCUUGCAUAUGCUGCUACACUUCCACGGCCGGCACCAUAUGGAUAUCAUGGGCUUACAGACUCCAACAUGUGCACUGCUCUCUCAGUAGGCCGUGUGCAUGGCAUCAAUUUUCCGGACGCUGUCGCCUGCUCUUUCAUUGCCAGUGGUGACAGAAUUGCUGUUGUCUAUGGAGAUCAUAGUCUCUACGUAUGGGACGUCCGCGAUUUUUCUAAGAUUUCUCGAUGUCGGACGUUCCUCGGUCACGCGAGUUGCAUUUGGGAUGUCACCUCCGUUCCUCAGUUUCACGCUCUCAAGUCAAAUGCUGGCAAGGAAAAUGUCGUAGGCGGUGAAUGCUUCGCGACAUGCUCAGCGGAUGGGAGUAUUCGUUUGUGGAAUGUUGGCCCGGAUAAGGACGUAUCUCAGGCAGUUGCUUCAAAAUCAGCAAAUGUUUAUUGCAAAGACAUUCUUGGAGUUCUAUACACUGAUGUGAAGGACAUCUUAAGGCCUUCUGAGCAGGAUGUUGAUUCUCAGGAUUCUUCUCAAGGAUUUCGAGCUAUAAGCGUGAGCGCCGAUGGGAAGUAUUUGGCGUCAGGAGACCGCUCCGGCAACCUCCGUGUCUACGACCUGAUGACUUUUGAAAUGGUUUCAUUCCAGGAAGCACAUGACGCCGAAAUUUUGUCGUUAAGUUUCAGUGCUGGAUUUCAAACAAGAUCGGAAGAACAAAUGCCGCUUCUAGCAUCUGGAGGAAGAGACCGUUUAGUUCACAUGUACGACGUUAAUCGAAAUUUUGAAGUCAUAGAAACUUUGGAUGAUCAUUCCGCGUCUAUCACUGGAGUAAAGUUUGCUUGUGGAGGGACAAGAUUACUUAGCUGCAGCGCCGAUAAAUCAGUUGUUUUCCGUCACAUUGAAUCGAAGGACGGUUGCACAAGAAGUUCGCGCUAUCAUCAAGAAGUUGCUCUGCGUGGUACGAUAUACGACAUGGAUUUACAUCCCAAUGAGAAGUUCGUGGUCACGGCGGAACAGGACAAGAAAGUGAACAUUCUGAAUCUGACUACUGGAAAACCAGUGAGAAAUAUUAAACCUGAAUCCGACUUCGGUGAACCAAUCAAGGUUAGAGUUGACCCUAGCGGCACCUUUGUACUAUGUUCGCACUCGGAUAAGUGUAUAAGGCUUUAUGAUUUUGCAAGCGGCGAAUUACUAACGCAUGCAUCGGGACAUGCUGAAGUAAUUACUGGCAUGUCUUGGCUACCCGACUGCAAGCAUUUGAUUUCAGUCAGUGGUGACAGCUGCAUUUUCAUCUGGAAGCUUCCUCCAAUCAUGUCUCGGACUAUGAGAAGAAAAUUGAUCUCUCAAGCAGAAGCUCAACCGCCGCCAAGAUAUUUGAAGUCUGCACUGAAGCGGUCACAGAUAGGUCGCUUGAGAACAAGCAAAACAUCAUUGAUCAGGUUGUCCCUCGUGGAUUCAGCUCAGGAAAAUCCAGCACUUGCAACAAACGAGGAACCUUCUUUUAAAUUCAGCGUCUCAAAGCUGCCAUCUUGGGCGCAGUCGAAGGUGGAGGAAGAGAACAGUGAAAGCUCAAAAAGAACCACUGCGGAUAAUCCAGAAGAAAAUGCUCAAUCUGCAGAGUCACGAUGGGUCGAGAGAGUCGGAAAUCACGGCUACAAGCUUGCAACGGAGGCGGGAGAAGAAACGCCUCCUGCAACCAUUCAUGUGAGCGGAUUUGGUGCCCGCAGACGAUUUUCAGUGGAAAAUAGCGUAACAAAUCAAGACAGCACGCCAGAAAGCUCAUUAAAUUCACAAACUGAUGGGAGCCCCAUGUCUAGUCCUAGAGACCCGCCAAGGAAGGAGACGCAGUGGAAAACUGUGCACACUGUCUUUUUUGAUGAAAUGGACUUUUUGCCAGAUACAGGUCACGGAGAUGAGGCAGCUCACCAUUUUGGUUCUAGAGUCAUUACAACAACUUUUGCUUCGAGUGCGGAAGAACAGGAAGAUGGUUUAGUUGUAUGCCUUCCGGAAUAUGAAGGUCCGAAAUGCGGAGGACUGGGCACUUUUGAAGAAACAGUUAUGUCCACGCCCAGAAAAGAUGGUGGCAACCAUGCUUUGGACAAUGGGAAAAAUGCCGGCGACCAGAUUGUCGGCAUAGACAGUGGGAGAGAUGAAGUUAAAAACUGCAGUAGCUCGCCAAUGGACUGUAAUGUCUCUCCUGGCGACGACACUGAUGGCUGGGACGAAAAUUCUAGUCCACGCAGGGAUCUUUUCAGUGCUCAUUUCGACAAGCUCACAUCGGCUGCCAAGGCUAACUCUUCAACUCGAAGUAGUCUAUCUGCACGGUUUUUUGCUCGGACAACUAGAACACCUAUUGUACAAAAUCAGGAUGCUCUAUUAGAGGACGAUGACGUCACUAGUAACCCAGGUUGCUUAUUGGCAGCUGAGCGUGAGCGUCUGAAGCUUCAAGAGCGUCAGGAUAAAAUGGCUUCGGAGGUUCAACGCAUGCGUGAACGUUUAGUAAAUCUCGGGAUGGCUGUGUGCGAAGGUGGCAAAGCGGAGAAGAGGCCUUUGGAAGAUACCACUAACCAAAGCACUCCAACUAAGCACUUGAGCAGUAACAACUACGAACCAGAAGAAACAACACAACCAGAUGAUUAUAAAAUGCGUCCAUUAGAUGCACCCAAGAGACCUAUGGUUGAAGCUGAGGAUGUCUCUUGCGGAACUGCAUCCACUAUUGAGUCCGCUCCUUCAUCUCCUGGAAACUUGGCUGAUAUGUGCACGAGUCCACAGAAAAUGAUGGAAGCGGUACCCGAAUUUGGCGGAUGCCUACCACGACCAGAGUGUGAAUAUGUUGCUGCUUUGGAAGAUCUGGAACGGGCUGCUGAGCGAGCGACAAGCCUGUUUUCCGAGCUGCAAGAGUUUCCGGUGGACAACUUUGGCGUUUCGAACUUGGACUUGGCGGCAAGACUUACUCAGUCUUAUCAAAGCGUACUCCCUGACGCUUUGCAGAAGAUUCAGAACCUUGCAAACCAGCUAUCUACUCGCGGUAUUUUGACAGCCACUAGUGAAAGAGCAGCCGAUACUCCAACCUCAGACAACGGGCUUUUAUCAAGGCCAAACACUGCUGCUUCACUUGGUGCUUCUGAUGUAGCUCGUUCUUCAGUUGACAUAGAAGGCCUUUUAGAGCGUUAUUCAACCAGGUUCUCGGAGAAUUUAGCACACCAAGUACUGGCGUUGGUGCAGAAGGGAUUGGGCACUGAAACCAAGUGAAACAUAGAUUCUAGCCUGUAAGUUCGGUAGUACCAUCGAACUGCUGAGUCGACGUUAACCGAAACUGAUUGUCUUGUUCUGUUUCUGUUCUUCGAGGAAACCGUAGAGGUAGUUCGUAACUUAUCAGUUUCGUUUUCUUCUUUUCGCAGGCCACAGCGUCUUCAGGAAGUACACUCCAGAUUCGAUAUGGGACCACAUUUUUCACCUCAGCAACGAAAAACUAACGAGAGGUAUAGACGAGACUUUGUUUUUUCUCACGCUUCACAGGUUGGUGGAGAAGCUUCUUUCGGAGAUAACAAAUGUGAAAGACAUCCCCGAGUGAUAUGCGCUCGAAGUUCUUGCCACGGACUCCAACUUUUCGCACAGGAUGAUUUCGUGCGCAUACACUUUCAAUAUCGUGCAAGACUAAGAAUGAAAUUGAGCCAAGUACGUGGAAUCGCUCUUUGGAUCAAGCAAAGAAACUAGAGCUCCAACGAGCAGUGCUACUCACUUAAGCUACGAUCUUUCAGUGGAUUGGAGCAUCAAUUCGCCCGAGAAAGAGACACGGACAAAGAGCCCAAGAGGCUGUCCAUGUGACGCGUUGACACCGCAGGAGAAGCGCUCGUUCUUUCAACUUAAACAAAGCGCGACACUACUACUAAGAUAAGGAGGCGAGAAAUCGGAGAGAUCGAAGAAAUCCAAAACAAAGGAAUCGUCGCUCGGCUGCUCGCUGCUGGGUGGAAGAUGAUGUCAGGAAAGUUUGGUGUUUCUGGACGCUCGAUUUUUUCCAUUCCAUCUCUCAAAAAUUUCCUCGCGUUUUGUUUGUCCUCUGCGAGUGAUGUAGUCAAUUGGACUGGAGAAAAUCAAACAAGGAAACACAAGGAGGGAAUCUUUUGGACUGGAAAA